UUUGCCGUUGCCAUGGAGCUGAGUGAUUUGCCGUUGCCAUGGAGCCGAGUGUUUCUUUUCUCCGGCAACAAAGUGAAAGGUUGUGCUUUAAAAUGAAGUGAGGACUCUGUGGAGAGAAACUCGACAUUAGUGUGACUCUCCUCGCUGUCCAGUCCUGCUGGUGUGUGAACGACGAAGUGGAGAGGACUUUAAAAGUUUCCCAGCACGCCAGUCUGAUCCCACAAUGAGUGGUGCAGUAGCAGAGGACCACCUGCAGGUCCGUCAGAUCUACCGCCUGCUGCAGUGCGUCCAUGAAGGGGAUAAGGUGCAGAUAGAGAAGAUGGUGAAACUUGGGGUGGAUAACCUCAUCAAUCUCACUGAGCCACAAGAUGGCACGGGGGUGCUUCACGUGGCAGUUUCAGCCAACAAUCAGGACUUGGUCAGCUUCCUUCUCUCCCAAGGAGCAAACCCCGACAUCCAGGACAAGAAGGGCCGCACCCCGGUCAUGUUAGCCGCUGAGCUGGGCAACGAUGCCACAGUGGCACUGCUGGCCCAGAGCCAUGCUGAUCUGAGGCUCCAAGACACUGAGGGAAAAGGUUUGCUGUUCCACUGUAUCUACCCCACCAAGCGCCACACCCGCUGUGUGCAGGUAGCACUGAAGUGCCAGGCAGACGUCAACAACGUGUCAGCUCAGGGGACUCAUGUCUUCCAGUUUAUGUGUGAAAAAGCCCAGCAGUGCACCCCCAUGUGUCUCCUCAUGAUGGGUGGAGGGGCCGACCCCAAUGCAACAAAUCAGGAAACCGGCGUCACGGCGUUGAUGGAGGCAGCCAAGGCAGGCUCCCUGCAGCUCGUCAGUGCCAUUCUCAAGAGAGGGGGAAAUCCCAACGCUCUGGAUCGAAGACGCCUCUCCGCAGUACACUAUGCCGCCAUGGGGGGCUUUUUUGAGUUGAUUAAGGUGCUGUCUGCGUACUGUGCAGACAUGGGCGUGAUCAACCUAGACGACUGCACACCCCUACACUACGCUGCUGCCACGGGCAACACUAACUGCUGCAAGUUCCUGGCACAGAGAGGUUGUAACCCCAAACUGAAGAACCAGGAAGGUUUGCUGCCACGUCAGAUCGCCAAAGACGCCGGUCACAAAGCGGCAGUCAAGGAGCUGAGGAAAGCAGAGCGGCAACAGGGCAAAGGCAACAAAUCCAGCGACGUCGGCCUCAUGACAGAUCUCUGGAGCCUGACCCUCCACGACUGGUCCCACGAGCAUGAGACCGAAUUACGGCAAGCCUUUGAGAAAACAUCAGACAGAGUUACCGCCGAGAUGUUUGUUUCAGUGUUAGAAGAACUAAAAGCUCCAGUUGAGCUCGACCAGCUCCAAAUGGUCAUCUCAGCCCACGACAAGAGAAAAGAGGGGUUCAUCAAUAUUAAUGAUUUCAUCAAAGGUGUCAAGUACAUCAAGAAGCCAUUCCUCCUCUCCUCGUAUAUGCCUAAAAAGAAAAAGGGAGAAAAGGGAGGAAAAGGAGGAAAGAAGAAGAAAAAGGGGAAAUUAGUCAUCCCCAUGCCCAUUUGCACCCUCCCACCGGAGCAGAUGCCCCGGCGACCAGACGGAGGCCCACCCCACUUCAUGAUCGACACGUACUGCAACCGCUCGGACAUCCAUCGAUUCGACCGCGACCACCCGCCAGAACAUCCCAUAAUGAACGACUCAGCAUGGUACAUAGAAAAGCCAGAGAAGGUCUACGUCAAUAUCAACUACUGUGUGAAAAGUGGAGACCUGGAGUCUCUGGACCUUGCUCUCAAUCAAGGGGUUCCCGUGGAUGUUCGAGAUCAGUUUUACAAGACCCCGCUGAUGGUGGCCUGCUCCAGUGGCAACUACGAGGUGGCUCAGUAUCUCCUCGGUCGGGGGGCGGAUGUGAAUGUCUGUGACCAGUUCUUCUGGACGCCCCUCCACCAUGCGGCUCACGCUGGCCAAGUGGAAAUUGUUGAACUUCUGGUGGAGGCCGGGGCCACCGUCGAUGCCCGGGCCCUCAGUGGAGGCACGCCCCUCAUGAGGGCCAUCGAGAGCUCUCGACCCUCCUGCGUGGACUUCCUCAUCAAGGCGGGCGCCAGUGUCACUGCAGAGAACAAGAAAGAACAAAACUGCCUCGACAUCGCCAGAGCUUUUGCAGACUCCAGGAUAAUUGACUUGGUCAAAGACAAGAUGGAUUCUCUUCCUAAACCAAAGGAGACGGCGAAGGGAAAGGGAAAGGGGGGCAAAGCUCAAAAGGCUAAACCUGCUAAAGCAAAGGACUUCGCUGCAGAGGGUGCGGUGCGCGCAGAGACAUCGACUGCAACAGCAGGGAAGACUCCUCCUCAGAAGGAUUCCAAGAGCGUCAUCCUGCAAAACACCAGGAUCACUACGGGGAAAACCAACACUGUGGAUAUCACCUUUGUGCCAAAAACGGUGUGGGGGAAGCCGCCCACCACCAGCCAGCUGAUGUCAAAGAUAGAGAGACGGAAGGAGCUCUUAUCCCUUGAGGUGGACUUUGACGACUUCAUGACCUUUCAGCCAGAACAUCCAGAGGAAAACGCUGGAGCCGGCGUAAACCACAGACUAGACCCGGAAGGAGGUUAGGCAGCAAGAGACACUCAGACAUUUUUGGAUUCAUAGUUUUUACCUGAGCUGUCUGAACACCUGUGACAAUUAUAGACACUGGGUUUACUUUGGAUGAAUCUAUUUUCAUUACAACUGCUUUAAUCAACAGAGUUAGACAUCAUGUUACCAAACCUCUUGAGUAUCAGAACAAUGUCAAUACAUAGGCAGGAAUUGUUAGAAGGACAGGACAUGUAAAAUUUCAUGGGUAGAAUUUAUUAAUAAUCAAAUGACAAAGUCAUGCAAACGAUAUGAAUGUGAUUAUUCACCUAAAAAUAAAGAUAUUUCUUAGGUACACA